AAAGCGCUAACCAAUAAGGAAAUAUUUCUCAAACAUAUCGUGGUAUUUGGGUAAGUGAUGUAACUUGCGGUCAGAAAAAUGCUUUAGGCACGGAAUCUAAGAGAACGUGGCAUACUUUUAGAUACAAGGCUCGCUUGAGCAGAGAUAAAAAACGGAAAAUCAAAUAUUGGUUUGCUCUUCAACCUAUUAUAAAGGUGAGGUAAGUUUCAACCUGCGAUCAUGUACCGUAACUGAACGGCGUCGAAAGAAUUUUUCUGGUGAUGUUUGUUUUGAAAUUUACAUGAAAAUGGUCGCUCCUCUUCAAGUCGCUCAUUUGGAUUGAAAAGCAAACUUUUCUCCCGAUUUUUUGUCAAAAGAUCAUUUUUUUUCCUCAACGAUAAGCUGCCAGGUGUAUUGCGUGAGCCGUGUUACGUUACAACUGCAAUCACUGCACUAUUACAAGUUCAUUGCGGAUCUAUUUGAUUUUGACAAAUUUGAUCAUUAACUUGUGUCACACACAUAAUUAUCCCUUACCUAUCAGAGUUACUAUUGGGAUGAGCUUGCUUACCUUUCAGGGUGCGUUGCAUCAAUGAGCCGUCGUGUAAUUAAGAUAAAACGUAGCUUUUCUCGUGGGGAUUUGUUCUUGGAAAGUGGUAGAGUCGUGAGGGGCAAAUUGCAAGCUUGAAUACAGCAAUUACCGACAAGAAGUGUGAGCCACCUCUGAGGCACUUCUGUCAUUGAAGAAGGAAUUUGUAUCUCUUAAUUUUUCUUUUUAAGUAAAAUAUCUUUUUGUUUGCUAAUCCAUGUUGUAGUCUUCAUCUUGGAUCAGGUACAACCAUGAGCUUCAUCCCCCUUGCAAUACCUCUGAUGUCAAUGUUCUUUAUCUGGACCAGUUUAUAUUUCUUCUUGUGCAUCAUCAAUCCUCAUCGAAGCCAUGAAUGGAACUGUCGACUUGUUACAGUGUGUCAUGGAGCUUUAACAUCACUGUUGUCAUUCUGGAGUGCGUUCAUCACUGGUCCAUGGCCCUUGGUUGCCAUGGGUGAUGCAAACACCCCAUUACAUACAUUCAUUGCCACCUUCACUCUGGGUUACUUCAUGUUUGAUUUUUUGUGGUGUUUUUACAUGGGCACUGAAGGGAUUGAUAUGCUUUUACAUCACAUCAUCUCUACCUGCGGAAUAGUUUUUGUCCUGUUUGAUGGUUAUUCUGGUCCAGAACUUGCUGCUACAAUACUCGGAACAGAAAUUUCAAAUCCAUUCUUACAGAUGAGGUGGUUUAUGCGAGAAACUGGUCGUUAUCAAACAUUACUGGCAAAAGUGAAUGAUUUUAUCUUCAUGAUGAUGUUCAUUUGUUGGCGUUUUGGUCCAGGGACAUUACUCUGCUAUCGUACUGUGUCAUCUACAAAACCAAAACUUUUUGUCAAGCUGGGAGGAAUAGGAAUGUAUUUAAUUAGCUGGGUUUGGGUAUUUUUUAUUAUAAGAUUCGCUAAGAAAAGAUUUUUUGGUAAAGGUCACAAGAAAUAG